GGAGAGUCCAUAAAACUUGGGGGACUCUGGGAUACCAGCCUCCCGGUCCCUCCCAGCUCACCCCAAAAUGGGUCCUAGGAACAUCGCUUUCCUGUUCCUUGUAUUCCUUAACACAGGGCGAGGAGAACUCCUUGAUGACUAUGAAAGCACAAAGGGUGCUUGGAUCCAAAGUCAGCUGAGCAAGCAAUAUAAACUGACUGGGGAAGAAGAAUGUGCAAAGAAAUGUGAUGAAGAAACCUCUUUUCAGUGCAGGUCCUUCCAGUUCAACAGUGAAGACCAGCAAUGUGAAACAAUGGCUGAAAACCACAAGACUUCAACAGUCACCAAGAAGAGAGAUGUAAUUUUGUUUGAGAAAAAAAUCUAUCUCUCAGAGUGUAAAAUUGGCAACGGCGAAAGCUACCGAGGAACCAUGGCGAAGACCAGGACUGGUGUCACCUGUCAGAAGUGGAGUGCUGACUCUCCUCACAUGCCUAAGUACUCGCCUAAGCUUUACCCCUCCAAAGGGCUCGAAGAAAACUACUGCAGAAAUCCUGAUCAAGAUCCUCAGGGCCCGUGGUGUUACACGACGGAUCCUGAAAAGAGAUACGAAUACUGUGACAUUCCAGAAUGUGAAGCGGACUGGAGGAGAUACCAGGGCCCGAGAACUCAAAGGCCGAAGCUUUUGCCGAUUUCUGAUUUUUUCCUCCUGCCUUUUCUGCUUCAGCCGUCUCAACCUUUCUCUCUUUCCCUCCCCAUGAACCCAGAGGAGUGCAUGCACUGCAGUGGCGAAAAUUACCAAGGUAAAAUCUCUACCACCAAGUCUGGGUACACAUGUCAAGCCUGGAGUUCUCAGAUGCCGCAUUCUCACGGAUACAUACCUUACAAGUUUCCCUCCAAGAACCUGAGGAAGAACUACUGCCGGAAUCCUGACGGGGAGCCUCGCCCAUGGUGUUUCACCACCAGUGAGAACAAGCGCUGGGAUUUCUGUGACAUUCCCCGUUGCACUACCCCACCGCCGCAGCCCGGCCCGACAUACCAGUGCCUGGUUGGGAAAGGAGACAGCUACAGAGGAAAAAUAGCCGUCACGGCUUCUGGAAAGACCUGUCAGCGCUGGAGCGAGCAGACUCCCCACAGGCAUUCCAGGACCCCGGAAAACUUCCCCUGCAAGGGUCUGGAAGAAAAUUACUGCCGUAACCCAGACGGAGAGUCAGCCCCCUGGUGCUACACCACCGACAGCGAUGUGCGCAUGGAACACUGCAACGUGCCUCUCUGCGGAGCCCAGGUCCCCACAGACCAGCCAGAAGUUUUGCCUGAGGAGACGCCGGUGGUCGAAGAAUGCUUCCAGGGUGAGGGAAAGAAUUACCGCGGAGUGUCUUCCACCACCGUUUCCGGAAGGAAGUGCCAACCCUGGUGGUCUAUGAGGCCUCACUACCACAGUAAGACACCACUACAGUAUCCAGAUGCGGAUCUGAGAAUGAACUACUGCAGAAAUCCAGAUGGAAAUGAUCGCCCCUGGUGCUAUACCACAGAUCCCCAAGUCAGGUGGGAAUACUGUAAUCUGAAGAGGUGUCAGAAUUCCGAGAGUCCAGAGGAUGGGAGCGAAUCCUCCCCACCAGAGCCUUCCACCUACGAGUGUGGAAAACCCAAGGUAGAGCCAAAGAAAUGCGGUGGCAGAAUCGUCGGAGGGUGUGUGGCACAUCCACACUCCUGGCCCUGGCAAAUCAGUCUCAGAAGAAGGUCUUUCUCUUCCUGGCUUCACUUCUGUGGAGGUACGCUGAUUGACCCCAGUUGGGUACUUACUGCUGCUCACUGCUUGCAAAGAUCGCAGAGGCCGUCGUCCUACCAGGUGUAUCUGGGCCUGCACAAGGAAGAUGGAGAGAGUUACACCCAAAAAAUCGACGUAGACAGACUGUUUACGGGACCUAUGCGAGCAGAUAUCGCCUUGCUGAAGCUGAGCAGACCUGCUCAGCUCAGCGAUAAGGUAAUCCCCGCCUGUUUGCCUUCUGAGCAUUUUCCACUGGCAGACAAAACAGUAUGCUACAUUACUGGUUGGGGUGAAACUCAAGGCACUUCUGGAGCUGGUGUGCUAAAGGAAGCGAGCCUGCCAAUAAUUGAGAAUAAGGUGUGCAACAGUCGUUUGUACCUGAGAAAUCGUGUUCAACCUUGGGAGAUUUGUGCCGGCCAUUUUGAAGGAGGUACCGACAGCUGUCAGGGUGAUAGUGGAGGGCCGCUGGUUUGCUUCGACAAAGACAGAUACAUCAUACAAGGAGUCACCUCCUGGGGCAUCGGGUGCGCCCUGCCCAACAGACCCGGGGUUUACGUUCGUGUAGCCUCGUAUCUCUCGUGGAUUCAAAACACAAUGAAAUCGAAUUGAUCGGAUGGCAGAGAGAGAGAGAGAGACAGAGAGGGAGGAAGCACAACGGAUUGGUUCUACCUACGAGCACACAGGAUGACAAUCUAGUGCGCGCUGACGUAAUUUGUGGUGAUCAAGCAAAGAUGCGGGACGUUAUCAGCAGCUUCCAGCGACUAUACCUCAGAUGAUCCAAGGGAGGAAGGCAAUGGGGUCCAUUUGGUUGUGCAACUGUGGCUCUGUUGUAUUUACUGCUGGAUUUUGAUUUGUCGAAAAUGAAUGUUCUUUACUUCCACAUGACCCAAAUCAUCCGUAACGCAUAAUUCGAGAAUAAAAAACAAUCCUUAAAGGCUGA